UUAUCGGGAUAUGGAGGAAAUAAAUUAAAAGUUAAGGGUUCAUUCUGUGCUGCAGUAAAAUAUAAUGAGAAGGUAAAAAAUGUUGAGUUCAUUGUGGUCGAUGCAAAAGGACCAUUAAUUUUAGGAUGGAAUUUUUUUUCUCUUUUUUUGAUAUUGUUUGGAAGGAAGUGCAAAGUAUUCAAGUUCAGAACUCCAACCGGCUUAAGGGAUUACUCCUUAAAUAUAAUUCAGUUUUCGAUGACGAAUUAG